GUCCGUAGAGUAGGAGAACACGCGCGUAUCACACGUCCCGUGUCCCCGGUACCGCGGCGAACAGCCCGCCAGUUUUAACUCGUGUGUUGCAUCGCGCGCCAAAAUUCAAUAUAUUAUUAUAAUAAUAAUCGAGUGUUUAAUUAUAAACCGUUACCGCGUGCGCCGUGCGUGUACGUAUCGCCGUAAUUGUUAAUUUUUAUUAUUAUCUUAAAUAAUAAUAUUAAAACGCAUUCUUACCCGAGGUGUCCGCGACCGCGUUUCGAGUCCAGUGAAAAUUUUUUUUAAUCGUUUUUCACCCUCGACGAACGUGAAAAGACGUGAAAAGCGCAAAAUCAAAAUCUUAUCUUGUUCGCCGUGGUCGUUGACUUCCGACCCAAUCUGCAAAUGUUCAAAUGACAGACGCGUGUAUAUUAUGACCACGAGAAGGGCAUAGCAAAUCGAGAUGACUCUGCCGUCAUCACGUCCCUUAUCCACUCUACUGGUGAUUGCAUUGUGUUGCAACACAGUGUUUGGCUUCAAUGUGGACGUUAAAAAUUGCAUCAGACAUCGGGGACCCGAAGGGUCUAUGUUCGGGUUUAGUGUAGCUCAGCACAAAGAGCAUGGUCGGUCAUGGCUGCUGAUCGGAGCACCGGAGGCGCAGACGGCACAGCCGGGCGUCGAAAAGGGCGGCGCCGUGUUCAAAUGCGGCACGACCAGGGAGGACGACUGCGAGCAGAUACCGUUCGACACGAGAGGAAACAACAAUUCAUCCAAAUGGAUUCAAAUAGACAGUAAGUCACGUCAAUGGUUCGGCGCCACCGUAAGGAGCUCCGGAGACAAUGGAGUAGUUUUGGCUUGCGCUCCGAGGUACGUCUAUUUCACUAGCAACGGCAACAAAAGAGAACCCGUGGGUUCGUGUUACACCACCUCAGACUUUACGACAGAUUUUGCCGAGUAUUCUCCGUGUCGAACGCGGAAUUGGGGUCACCAUAAACAGGGUACUUGCCAAGCUGGACUCGGGGCAUCUGUUUCUAAGGAUGGAAAGCGAUUAUUCAUUGGUGCUGUCGGAAGUUGGUAUUGGCAAGGCCAAUUAUACUCAGUCAAUUCUUCAGCUCGAUUGCCGUUUUUACCGGCAAUACAAUAUAUCAUCGACGACAUCGACGAAGGCCAAUUUUACUCACAAAACUUGUAUAGCCGACCGGAUGUACUUUCGACCAACGAGGGACCGCCAGCUGACGACGAUUCGUAUCUCGGUUAUUCGGUUGCCGUCGGUGCUUUUGGAUUUGGUUCGGAAUCCGGUGCUGCCGUUGGAAUGCCCAGGGGCGCAGGACUUUUUGGAAAAGUCCUUUUAUAUUCCACCGACCUGAUAAAUUUGUACAACAUCACUGGCGAUCAACUCGGUGCAUAUUUCGGUUAUUCGAUUUGUGUGUCAGACGUAGACGGUGAUGGUGGCGACGACAUAAUUAUCGGUGCACCGCUAUACAGCGAGUUUUCCAAAAACGACGGAUCCUAUGAGACUGGAAAAGUUUACGUGUAUUUGAAAAAAGAGGGAUAUAAAUUUUACGAACGGAACACAAGAAUGGGAUUGAACUCAAAAUCUCGUUUUGGACUUGCUUUGAGUAACUUAGGCGAUAUAAACAAAGAUGGAUACGGAGAUUUUGCCGUGGGUGCUCCGUAUGACGGACCCAAUGAAUUGGGUGCAGUAUAUAUAUACCACGGAACUAAAACUGGCGUUCGGGAAAAGUAUUCUCAAGUGAUCAAAUCGGAAGACGUAUCCGUUGGAGCGAGACCUAUAUCGACGUUUGGUUUUUCAUUGUCAGGCGGAACAGACUUGGACAACAAUCAGUAUCCAGAUCUGAUUAUCGGUGCUUACGAAUCAGACAUAGCUUAUUUCAUGAAAUCUAGACCCGUAGCUCAAAUGACCACGUCCGUAUAUUUCAAGUCUGAAAAUAAGCAAAUAGCGCUGGAACGUAGAGAGUGUACGACCAGAGACGGUACUCUAGUCCCGUGUUUAUUUUUGUCCACUUGUUUACAAUAUACGGGAAUUGGCGUCGAUGAUCAACUGAAUAUUGAAAUGCAACUGAUACUGGAUGCUAAGAAACCAAAAUCUCCGAGAAUGUUCUUUUUAUUGGACGAAAACCGAAAUGUAUUGAACCAUAGUUUAACGUUAGAUAAGAAUGAUCAAUCUUGUAAGACGUUCAACGUUUACUUAAAGAACAAUGUUAGAGACAAGUUGACGCCGUUAGAAGCAGAGUUAAGAUACAGAAUUAUUGAGGAGAAUAGAAAAUUUACUAGAACUCUAACACCUGUAAUAGAUCUGGAUAACGAACUAUUUGCCGUUUCUAGAGACUCUAUAAGUAUACAAAAGAAUUGUGGAGGAGAUAAUAUUUGCAUACCAAAUCUUCGACUUAUUGCUACACCGGAUUCCGAGUCUUUCUUGCUAGGUUCAAAUAAAAAAUUAAAAGUUGACGUUAUAGUACAAAACGAAGGUGAAGAUUCUUUUGAGACCACUUUUGACAUGACUGUACCCCCAGGCAUCAAUUAUGUAAAAAUAGAAAGAGUAGAUAAUAAUGAAAACGAUAUACCUGUACAAUGUUCAGCUCCAUCAGAAAUGACAAACAACACUUUACAUUGUGACAUUGGGAACCCAUUGCCCCGAGAUAAAUAUGUACAAUUUAAAGUUGUUUUGGAACCAUAUCAAACUACUGAAACUAAGGCCAAAUACGAAUUCAACAUGGUGGUGAACAGCACAAAUCCAGAACGUUUUGAUUCCGUAUCAGAUAACACAAAAUACUUAGGGGUACCUCUUUGGGCGGAAACCGAUUUGAUUAUUGUAGGAUCAUCAAAACCUGUGGACGUACAUUAUAACAUAACGAUGGAAGAAUCUCUAAAUAUUACCGACGAAAAGCAAAUCGGCCCACAAGUUAUUCACAUAUACGGGAUUCGUAAUAAAGGUCCUUCAGAUAUAUUAGAAGCCGAAGCUUACAUUGACUGGCCCAUGUUCACAUUGGCAGGAGAACCACUGUUAUACUUACUUGAAAUGCCCGAAACAAAUGGACAGGUAAAAUGUGAAGCUAUUGAAGAAAUUAAUCCAUUAAAAUUAAAUAUCGAUCGUAAAAGGAAAUCGUAUUUUGAAUCUAGUGGUUUGAUCUCUAGUGGCUCAGGUGCGUCGGUCACUGUUAAGGGUUCAGAAAGUACUAGUUCGAGUUCUGCAGAUGCGGUCGUUACAAAAAUCAAAACGUUUGCGGAACUGACGGAGGAAGAAAAGAAACGUUUCAUGGAAAUCCAAAAGAAGGAAGAAGAAGAAUCGAAAUUGCAGUGGGGUGACGGUUCGUACGAACAAAAAAUUCGAUACCAAAACUCCAAACACGAAUCGAGCGGAACGGCAGUGAACGGCGGCGGUGUGAGCCAUAGCCGUAAUGAGGGUUCCGGAGCGACGGUCGUUACCGACGUCAACCGAGGGCCAAAAUUCAUGAUUGGAUCAUCGGAGAGUGGCGGAGGCGGAGGCGUAGUCCACAGCGAGUAUUCGGGAUCGAUGUCGACGAGCGUGGUGACCGGUGGUCAACGUGGCAGCGAAGUAUCCGGCACUUCGGUUGUUACUAACGCAAACCGAGGGCCGGCGUUCACUGUCGAGUCGUCUGAAAGCAGUGGUGGCGUAGUGCAUAACGAGUACGAGUCAAAGUCCUCGUCUUCGGGUUCCGCGGGUGGCGCGUCGAGUGCGCAGGGCAACCGUUGGUCCGUGGCUGGUGGAGCGGAGAGUGACUCCCGAUACGGUUCAUCGUCCCGCGGUGUGUACGGCGCCGCUCACUUUGACGAGUCCGAGUCGUCGUCGGGCGGUUCGACUUUCCAGAUGGGUGCGUCAUCGUCCGGGGGUACAUCACGCGUCGAGACCGUGAACACAGAUUCUCGCUUUGCGGGAUCGUUUGAAAAUAGCGCCGGAUCGGAUUCCCGUGGUCAGUCGUCGGUGACUGUUAUCCAGAGCGGAUCGGAAGUACGUGGCGGAUCGAAGGUAUACGGUGGUUCGGAAGCACGCGGUGGAUCGGAAGUAUAUGGUGGUUCGGAAGUACGCGGCGAAUGGUCGUCUGGCGGUCAAUCGUCGGUGAAUUCGCAUGGCGGAGUUAAUGGUUGGGAAACGUCUAAGACGACCGCCGAAUCACGAGGAGAAAAAUGGUCCCGUGACAAUGGGGUCGGCACACAGUGGAAUCAGGGCAACAGUGGCUGGCACCAGGGCGCUAAAAACUUCACAAGUUUCCGGGAAUCAGAAAAAAGCCACGUGACCAACACGACGUGGGACGACUCUACAGGCGGUGGUAUGCCUAAGACGUACGUGACGGACCGAUGGAGGACCAACAACGACGGAGUGAUGCGCAACGGCAGUUCGUCGCACGUCGUGGACGGUGACGCGUUGGACUACCGUGACGCUGCGGUGCACAGGAUGAACAUGGCCGCAGGAACGAGCGGCGUGACCAACGUCUUGGGCGGCACGACAGGCGACGACAGCGACCUGUCGAUCAGCCUGACCGGUGGGACUGCAGUCACGGAAAGGCAGAACCAAGGAUUCAGACAGACCAAAGUGGACGAAUCGGAAACGGUGCAAAGGUGGCGGACGGUAGACGGAAAACUGUACCGCGCCAACGCAGCAGGCACAUGGGACACGUUGCACAUGACUUCCGACGGUAGUGGGUCGACGGACGUGUACGAGGCGCAGGAUUUAAGUCCGCAAAACUACGUCAAACCAACCGACGUCGACGGCAAGUUCAAGCUGUACACCCGGUUCCGGAGGGAUACGCAAACCAAGCGGUGUGGACCCACGAGGUGCGUGACCGUCAAGUGUAAGAUUGGACCACUGUCCAAAGAUCAAGAGGUGUGGCUGUCAUUUAGGUCCAGGGCUUGGGUCAGCACUCUGAAAAAGGUGGCGCUCAAUAGACCGGUAACGCUGAGUUCCACGUUAUCCGCAAAAGUCACGAAGCUGCAAUACAUCGGCAAGCCAGAAAGUAAACUCGCCCAGGUCAGAAGCUACGAAGUGUUCACGGAAGUCAUCCCCCGAGACCUGGCUGUUAAACCGGACAUCAUUCCCCUUUGGAUCGUUGUCUUGGCCGCCGUCGCUGGAACGGCCAUCCUGUUGCUGCUAGUGUACUUGCUCUACAAGUGUGGAUUUUUCAAACGCAAUCGGCCAUCUAAUGCACCAGAAAAACAACCAUUGACACACAGAAAUGGACAGGCAGAGCUUUAUCAAACAGGAGACGAAGCUUUGUAGAAACAUCCAACUUUUUUUCUGC